AUGCCGACGCAAAAGUUUUCGCACUUGCUCAAGCCAUUGGAAUGCACGGAGCAAGACAACACCAACCUUUGCGAGCUAGCGGAGACCUUGGUCCUGCACAACAUCGAGCAAUACGCCAGCCUAGAUCUCGGGAAGACUGGUGCACCAGUGAACAAGAACCGCUGGAAGGGGGUUCGCAAGAGAGAAAACACGAGGGUCUUUAAGAAGAGGGCUACCAAGCGCGAGCCGUUGGAGAUGCCUUCACUCAUGCUACUGGGGACUGUGGUUGGUACGCUGGAAGACCUCAUGUACGCCGUAGUCGCUCCUUCCACCGAAGCGAUGCGAAUCAAGUCGGCACUUAUCGAAGACGGCAUCGUGGACUGUAAGCUACUCCACAAUGUGGCGAGGCCUACUAUGGACGACCCCUUCCACCACAUCAGCGUCAAGUGGUGUAUGUUUGGUGAGCCGGAGUUCCGGGACCACGUCUUCCUCGACUCGACCGGCAUCGCCACAUCCGCCAAGGGGGAGCGGAUCGGAUACCACCUAACGCACUCGAUCGGGUUCGAUCAAGUCCCGCGCUUCUCCAGUUGCGACGUCCCGCGCUGCAACAUGUCGCUGUGCUCGCUGUACGUGCAGAACACGCCGUCGACGGUUAAAAUCUACGCGCGCGGGUUCUUCGACCUGGGUAAGAAUGAUAGUAUCAACAACGCUACCCUCGCAACCAUUGCAGCUCAGUGGAUGUCCUUCCCGCGCCUGGUCGCGGAGACGAAGAAGCUGCUCUGGACGAUGCACAAGAAGAACAACCGCGAAUCUAUCAUGUCGCUAACGAGCGAGGAGGGCAAAUCGAAGCUACCAAUGGCGCCACCCACUCCGGGAUUGUGCAAGGUUUGCUCCAAGAGCUUCGGGUUUCUCGGCACAAGCCGCAAGGUCUGCAAGGCUUGCAACGAGCAGGUCUGUUCGCGGUGCUCCGUGGUGAAGACGGUGGCGGCGCUUGCCGCCGACCAGGUGACCGUGAUCGAGAAGAAGCGUGUGUUCUGCGCACAAUGCAUCAACGACGUCGUGCGGAUCGACGCUGUGUGCGUGGCGCGUGAGGAGAUCCUGAACGCUGACAAGCAGAUGGCGGCCUACUUCUGA